ACAGUAGUGAUGGGAAACGUCGCGUCGAAAUUCAAAUAUUUUUUUGUAUUCGUAUUCAUACAGCGGCGGAAGCACGUUUUUCGCUUGUAAAGAAAACCAUGUGGUGAUCUCUUGCGCGACAGUAUAAAUUUUAUUUAAUUAACUUCAUAAAUAAACUUAUAUUUUAUAUGAUAUCCCUAAGGGUACUCUUAGUUUUGGUUGUUUGAUUAACAUUACAUAAUGGUGGAUUCUUGUUGCCCUUGUGGUAAAGAUUUGCUUGUGGGUAUUGGAAACCCACUGCUGGACAUAUCGGCUUGUGUUGAUAACGACUUGCUGGUGAAAUAUGAUCUCCAUCCAGACGACGCGAUUAUGGCUGAGGAGAAACACAUGCCUCUCUAUAGGGAGCUUGUUGAAAAUUACAAAGCUGAAUUCAUAGCUGGAGGCAGUGUACAGAACACUUUAAGAGUGGCGCAAUGGAUCUUAAAGACACCUAACGUUUGCACAUACUUUGGUUGUGUUGGUAACGAUCGUUAUGCCAGGAUAUUAAGAGACAAAGCCACGUCGGAAGGUGUAACAGUCCACUACCAAGUGACAAGGGAUGCUCCGACGGGCACGUGCGCCGUGCUCGUCACGGGCACGCACCGCUCCUUGUGCGCGAAUCUCGCCGCCGCGCAAAAGUUCACCCCUGAUCACCUCAACAAGCCGGAAUGUAAGGCGAGCAUUGAAAAUGCGAAAUUCUUCUAUGCUUCCGGUUUCUUCGUAGCUGUAUCGCCUGAGUCGAUAAUGUUGCUAGCAGAGCGUGCGCACACCGGCGGCCACUCGUUCAUAAUGAACCUCAGUGCGCCGUUCGUGUCGCAAUUCUUCAAGGAGCCACUGCAGAAGUUGCUGCCAUACGUUGACGUGCUGUUUGGCAACGAAUCGGAAGCGGAGGCCUUCGCCAAAGCGUUCAACAUAGCAGAGACAGGUCUACAAAAGAUUGCGUUAAAAAUAGCGGCACUGCCCAAACUUAACAGUUCCAGGGAACGAGUGGUUGUCAUCACGCAGGGAAAAGACCCUGUCAUACUCGUGGAGGGGUCCAAAAUAACUUUGAUACCCGUCACUGUGUUAUCUAGGGAUCAAAUUGUGGACACUAAUGGUGCGGGGGAUGCGUUUACCGGGGGAUUCCUCAGUCAAAUGGUCUUGUUGAAGCCCUGGGAUGUAUGCGUCAAAUGCGGCAUAUAUACUGCUACACAUGUUAUCCAGCAUUCUGGGUGCACUUUUAGUGGUAUAAGCGAUUUCAAAGAGGAUUAACGUUUUUUUAAGGGACAAUUUUAUUUUGGACA